AUGGCCAUUCAUAUCUCUUCUUCUUCUUCACUUCACUCCCACGGUUCUCGUUUCCUUCUUCAUUCUCCCAUCGCUUCUCCAUCAUGGGUUCGUUGUGCAUCAGUCAAAUCAACGGCCCGUAGGAAUCUUCUCGGAUUCAAUUGCAGAUCGAGCAGUGAUGGCGACUCUGAUUAUUAUUUGGACGCUCCAGUUUCCAUUGGGGAUGGCUUUUCUUUCAGUGGAGGAAAGUACUCAGAUGAGCCGAGUCCGGCGGAUGAAUGGUUCAAGAAAGGGAAGAUUGUGAAAGCUCAUCCUGUUUUUGGAUCUGGCGAGAAGGCAAAGGAUCCCUUUUUUGGACUCACGAUGGGUGGCAGUUCCCAGGCCUCUGAUGAUUUGUUCAGAUGGUUUUGCGUUGAAAGUGGCAGUGCUGAUAAUCCUCCGAUUUUAUUAAUUCAUGGCUACCCUUCUCAGGCAUAUUCUUAUCGCAAGGUUCUUCCCAUAAUUUCAAAGGACUAUCAUGCCAUUGCUUUUGAUUGGAUAGGCUUUGGAUUUUCGGAUAAGCCCCAGCCCAGAUAUGGUUUCGAUUACACUCUGGAUGAAUAUGUGUCAUCUUUGGAAUCUCUCAUUGAUGAACUUGGCAUCAACAAAGUUUCUAUUGUUGCUCAGGGCUAUUUUUCACCAGUUGUUGUCAAGUAUGCUAACAGUCAUCAAGAAAAGAUAAAUGAUUUGAUACUUCUCAACCCACCUCUAACGGGCAAACAUGCCAACCUGCCAAUAACACUCUCCAUAUUCAGCAACUUUUUGUUGGGUGAAAUUUUUUCUCAGGAUCCUUUAAGGGCCAGCGAUAAAGCUUUGACAAGCUGUGGUCCUUACGAAAUGAAAGAAGAUGACGCAAUGGUUUAUAGAAGACCUUACCUAACUUCUGGGUCGUCAGGUUUCGCACUGAACGCAAUUACUAGGUCGAUGAAGAAGGAACUUAAGGUGUGAUUUUCUUUCCCUUCCCACUUAUUAUGUCUCGUUGCAAGACGUUUCCUUUUUAUUAACAAAGGGUUCAAUUGGGUUUUACGAAAGCAAUCUUUGGCUGCAUAAUGAAAUGCAUGUGUCUAAAGUACACUUCAAAAUUCGUUAUCUGGACAGGGGAGGAACCUCUAAGUUUUAGUGGAACAAAAGAAUGUAAACAUAUGAGUAAUUUAAAAAAAAACUGUUGUAUUCAUGCUGGAUGUGUAUAAGGAACUUCUUUAAAAUCCUUAGACACACAUUAAACGCACUUAGGGAGAAUGAUUCAGAUAAUUUUUCUAUCGGUCCUUUUUACUCUAACAAGCUCCUUAAGAGAUGAUCAAAGUAAAGCGUAAUUCUGGGAUACAUAUGGGAGGACUUUAUAGUCGAUAUUUUUAUGGCUUUGGCCAUAAUAAUUGAUGAGACGUGUCCGCAAUCAAAUGGGCAAGCAACAUGUGUCCUUGGCACCAUUGGUCCAUCUCGGCGUAUUGUCCUGGAGGGGUUGUUGUGACCUCAACGAAAGGAGGUACCUCGGUGUGCUUUGCCUUCCCUCUAUUUGUUGUCCACGUCACCUCGCCAUACAUGUAGCACAUCGGCACUUGGUGAACAGUUACCCCGAUGCUUAGUCCUAGCCAAUAGAUGAGUUGAGAUCUCGAGAAAAAUAGGAAAGGACCAACUGAGAUAAGUAUACUCAUGAUCGAGGAAAAGUAGCUUCUGAGGAUCAUGAUUUGAUAGAGAAAUAGACUAUCAGUUAUUGGUUCCCUUCUCUAAGGCAAUCAGAAUGUUCAGAAAGGCAAUUGAAUGACCAAUGAUAAAGGCGUAUAACGUACGAAACAAUUAAUUCUUGACCCCUUGAGGGGGGAUUGAUGAAAAUACCCCUACGCGUGCACAAACAUGCCCAAGGCACAUUAAAUGAUUAUGCAUGGGCGUGGGGUGUAUUCAUUGCUCAGCGGAGCCAAGAAAUAUACAUUAAAUACUCGGGGAAACGAGUGUAGGACUACAGAAGGUUCUAAUACUAGGAAAAGCUGAAACUCUGAUUAAGGUCUGCGCACCAGAUGUUGUCUUCUGUACGAGCCAAUUAGGUGUUUUUCGUCCAAUGGGAUCCAGUUGUCCGCCUUGAUUCAUUCUUGGAAGGUAUAAAUAGCACCCUCA